UUCUGAGAAAGGUGCGUCUCAAACAGUGCUGUUGCUAGUAUUCAUAACGUGAAAUAAUUGUGAUUGCAAUAAAAUAAAAUAUAAGCGUCGGAAUGGAAAAAGCUGAAGUGGAACGUUUCUUAGCCGAUCAGAGGCACAAAUGCGAGCAGUUUUUCGAAGGUAUGUCCACGUUUGGCGACACGAUGUCGGAGCCCAUCGGGAUCAGCUUGUCUGGGGACAACGUCACUGAUGAGGAUCAAUUGAGGAGGUAUCGCGGCAUCGCCGACGCGGGCAACGGAACGGAAAUUCGUCAAUGCCCGCCGUCCUUCGACGAUCUGCUCUGCUGGCCGCGCACUGACGCGCCAGGAAUAGCCACCUUACCCUGCCCACCGGCCUCGAUCAUGGGGUACACCGAUCUCGCGAAUGACGACCUGAGAGCGUUCGCGGUGGCCAGCAAGGUCUGCCUGGCGAACGGCGAGUGGUACCGGAACUCAAACGGCGUAUCCUGGAGUAAUUACAGCCUGUGCGUGCUGAACAGCACGCGUUACGUUGUCGAGAAUAAUUAUUCGCGAUGGUACGAAACGCCGGCGGAGUUUGCGCUACUAAAUAAAUGGCUACAGAUUAUCAGAUUGGUGUCGCAUAUUGGAUACAUUACCUCGUUUACCACUCUAACCGUAGCAAUGGUAGUUUUCUCCUUACUCAGGAAACUCAGGAAUCCCAGAAAUAGAUUGCACAUGCAUCUGUUUGCGUCCUUUAUUAUGAGAGCUUUCAUGGCACUCCUUAAGGAUUGGAGUUUUAUAGACGGCAUCGGAUUGGCCUGGGACAUCGUGGUUGUCGAUGGAAAAGCUGCUUUUAUCAGGGAAUAUAAAUAUACCUGGAUCUGCAAAGUCAUCACGAGUCUGUGGCAAUAUUUUAUCGUGGCAAACUAUGCGUGGAUCUUGAUGGAAGGAUUGUAUUUGCACAAUCUGGUUUUCCUGGCGCUGUGCACCGACACCAGUACCAUAACGCUAUACAUCGUGCUAGGCUGGGGUCUUCCCGUCUUGGUAGUGGUGCCAUGGAUUAUAAUACGUGUGACUAUCGAUAACACUCUCUGCUGGAUCACCAAUACCGAUUCCUCCCUGUUUCUCAUCAUAAGAAUACCAAUAAUCAUAUCCAUUUUGUGCAAUUUCCUACUGUUUCUCAAUAUCGUUCACGUCCUGCUUGUGAAGCUGAAGAUGUCGGUACAUCUGCAGCGGAAGAAGAUGAAAUACAAGAGAUGGGCGAAAUCGACUUUGGUCCUGGUGCCACUCUUCGGAAUACACUAUACCUUCUUCUUGGGAUUGUCUUACCAUAACUCCCGGGUGGAGCUCGUCUGGCUCUUUUGCGAUCAGCUGUUCGCAUCCUUCCAGGGCGCCUUCGUGGCUUUUCUUUAUUGCCUGCUGAACGGUGAGGUCAGGGCGGAAAUACGUCGAGCGUGGAACGCACGACGAUCGAAGAAAGAGGUCGAUUCCUUCAUCUCCGGGCAUACGAAAAAUUCGAGGGACGGAAUCAAUCGAAAGCGGCAUCGAUCGGAGGGCGAUGAAGGCACUAUUUUCGCGAUUACAGCCAUGAAAAAGUUCUCACUGAAAAAUAUCAAGUAGACAUUCAAUCAACUGUCUCUCAACGUCGCGAAUAAAUUUUAUUUAUAUAAAUCUGUC